UAGCUGGGCCUGAAGACCCAUAAAUUAAAUCUGCAUGGAUUUGAAACUUAACUAAACAGCCCACAUACGUUUUCCCGUUUCUCCUUUAUUUUAUUCAGUUUUUUUUUUCUGUUUAUAUUUUUCGGGUCGCGUAAAACCCUAAAUCAAAAACUUGGAUUCUUCUCCUUCGAUCAAAGGAUUCUUAAAUGGCAGACACUAAUGCAUCUGAAGAAACCACCAUUGAUGCUUCUAAGGAGCAAUAUGAAACAGUCGAUGAGAUGCUUGCUAGACACAGGCAAGAGAUAAAACAACUACAGAACAAGGAGACGGAGCUGAAAAAGGCUGCUGCAAAAGGAAGCAAAGCUGAGCAGAAAGCUAAGAAGAAGCAAGUCGAAGAAGACAUCUCCAAACUCUCCACCAAGCUUAAGGAGAAACAGCUGAAAGAGCUCGCCUCGCAAGGCUUCAGCAGCAGCGGCAGCAACAUCUCCAAGGACGAAACGAACGAGAAGAAAGGAGAUAUAGAGACUCUAGUGAGAGCCAUCGCUGGAGUCUCAGUCACCGUUCAGCAAGAACACUCGAAGCCGAGCAAGAGCGUGAAGAGACGCGAGAAACGAGCCAAAGAAGAAGCUGAUAGAGAGCAGAGAAUCAAAGAGGAGCAGAGCAACGUGACAAGCGAUCGCAUGGUGGAGAACCAAAAGCUCGAGAAGAAGCUCAAACCGCUGGGGCUAACCGUCAGCGAGAUAAAGCCAGACGGGCAUUGCCUUUACCGAGCAGUGGAAAACCAGCUCGACAGUCUCUCGGGCGGUGCGUCUCCUUACACGUACCAGAAGCUUAGAGAAAUGGCUGCUGCUUACAUGAGAGAGCACAAAACCGACUUCAUCCCGUUUUUCUUAUCGGAAGCCGAGUCUGAGUCCGAGUCUGCGGAGGAGCGGUUUGAGAAGUACUGCAGAGAAGUGGAGUCAACAGCGGCUUGGGGAGGUCAGUUGGAGCUAGGAGCGUUGACGCAUUGCUUGAGGAAACACAUAAUGGUGUUUUCUGGAUCGUUUCCGGAUGUUGAAAUGGGCAAAGAGUAUAAAUCAGGGGAUGGCUCGAGCCUCAAGCUGUCGUAUCACAGGCAUGCUUUUGGGCUCGGUGAACAUUAUAACUCCGUUGUGGUCGUCAACAACAUCACCGCAUGAUGAUGCACUUUCUCUCAAGCACUCAAGACAAUCUAUACUUUUGUUUGUAUCACAAGUUUUCAAGACUUACUGAAAUUCUAUUGGCUUUCAAACUGUAACUUCAAUUUUUUUUUCAUUACAGUUUCAAGUUUUCAUUACAGAACACAUGAAUGUAGCUGUUCUAAUGUAUGACCUUUGGAAAAUUCUGGAGCUAAUUCGUUUUUGGGGUUCUAGAGAUGGGGGAAAGAGAACAAUAUCGUGUAAACAAGUUGUUACAUCAGAAUCUUUGGGAUGUUAUGAUAUAGAAUCUAUGCUAUGCUCUUAUCAUCAUCAUCAACCAUAAGUAUUCUAAAUCAAUCAUGGUGAGAAUAAACGACACAUGGCCUUAUCACGAAUCUGCCUAAGAUUCCUCAUUUCUGUACAUUUCCAAAUCUAGUGUCAGAAUCAUGCUUUCCUGUAAAAUCUACUGCCAAAUAUUUAAUUUCUCAACACAAUGGACGGGUGAUUCUCUAUCCUCGCAAGACAAAUGCAACAACAGAGAAGAGAAGAGACUCGAGUCUUAAGACAAACUCUCUCUCACACUCAAAAAGUUUGUGAAAGAAACUUGAAAAAAAUGGUUGUGAAGUUAGUGUAAAAGCUAAAAGCAAAGAUCUUGGGUCUGAUCACACACACACACUUUCACUCUAGACUCCAGGUCACACAAGCAGAAAAAGCAUAGCAAAGACGAUCUUUAUUUUUUCACCUUUCUUGCUUUCCGUUUCUUUUGAGCCGAACCUGAAACUUGUGGGGAAUCUAUUGUUUGCUUGAAAAGAUAAGCAUCUAAAUGGAUAAACCAUCAUCCAAUCUCCACCUCAGUUGAUGCAUCAAAAGCAAAAAAGAUAUUGCAACCCAAAAAAAAAAGCAACAUAAGAGCAUACAUAAUCAUACUGCUGCGUAUCUCCUUGGAACCGUGGAUCACUACUAAACCAUAUGGUAAGGGAUAUUUCCGUAUUUAGUAAAAAAAAGAAGAGAUUCUCAUGAACUGUGUAUGCCACUUGGUUCUGAUAUUUGAAAACGAAAGAAUCUAAUAAGUUAUAUGCAGUUUUUAGUGAACGCCAAAGGGCACAACACUGCAUAAGGAACAAAAGAAGUAAAGUAGUGACAUAACGCAAUCUUACCCUCACUAUAAAUAGGCUAACUUUGUAUAUCAAACAACCACAGAGUUCCUCUCUCACACUAAGUCCAACAUUCCUCAUACUAUAUAGUACACGUCCAAAUGGAAAGCAUAAGAAGUUUAGUUGCAGACAAACCAGUGGUGGUUUUCAGCAAAAGCUCCUGCUGCAUGAGCCACUCGAUCCAAACACUGAUCUCGGGAUUUGGUGCAAAGAUGACAGUGUACGAGCUCGAUCAGCUGUCUAACGGGAAGGAGAUCGAGAAGGCGUUGGUACAGAUGGGGUGUAAGCCGAGUGUACCAGCGGUGUUCAUAGGAGAACAGUUAAUCGGCGGGGCUAACCAGGUGAUGACUCUCCAAGUCAAGAACCAACUAGCCGCAUUGCUAAGAAGAGCCGGAGCCAUAUGGGUUUAAAGUCCAAAAAAUACAAACUAGUGAAUAGAAUAAGUGAUGAGAAGAAUCUAUACUUUUUUUCUACAAUGCACGGUUAUGUUUUAAUCAAGUGCAAGUCUGUAGUCACACAACCCUGAUACUAAGAUCAAGAACUUGUAUUCGCAAUGUAUCAGCAAUGUUUAUUAAUAAUCAAUAGAGAAAGAUUUGCAUU